AUGGUUCCACCUCCGGGUCGCUUCCGCUCAUUUCGUCGUAGGUCUCGUUCCCCUCUCGGCGUAUCUGUUCGUCCUUUUCCGAGCAGUCGUCACGGUCCUCGUCAGUUUAAGUACAAUGGCGGACCGCCUGAUAUCAGACCGAAGUUCAGAGAUCAACCUUUUAAUAAUAAAAGGGACAUUCCUCCACGUCGAAAUUUGAUUAUUCAAAAUGAAAGAGGACCAAAUUUUAAUGGCCCCUAUUCAUCGAGAAAUCGAAGUCCAGUCAACGAUCGUCCAUCUUUUGACGCUGUUGAACGGCGACCUCCACCCAUUAACGGUGCUCCGAGACGAUUCAAUCGGAACAGCACGCCGCCACAGUCAAAUAACAGCUUCAGAAACUUCAAUGGAGGUCGUGACUUUAUCAAGGUACCUCGGCGUGAUGUGGUGCCAGAUAGGAAUCGCAGGUUCAUGGAUCGAGGUGAUCACCAGUCCUAUCGCAGUGAAGUUCGACAUCACUUUGACAAUCAGACAAUGCGAGAUGCUCCUAGGCGAAUACGGUCGCCAUUAGAAAGAGAUCAUUGGCGCUCUGACAACGUGAAUCCUCGACGCUCCCCUAUUCGUCAUAAAUCCCCUCGGCUUAACAAUAUAACACCGCCCACACGAUAUACUAAUCCAUAUGUAGAUGAUGUUCGACGUUUUAGAGGAGGACAUAGAGGCGGACGAACAUUCCGUUCAGGGAGAGCACUAUUACGUUCUCAAGAUCGAUCUCUGCCCUCCAGACGCUAA